AUGUAAUUACAGUAGCCACUUUUCAACAUCAAGAGAAGGUUAGCAUUUUCUGAUGAAAAUACUCAUUAACAGAUGUUGUUAUCUUCACUUCACCAGCUUAAUAUUAUGAACAAAGAAAAACCCUACGUAAACCCGUCUUUGUGCCAGACCAAGCAUGGAGCACAAUAAUAUGAGAGAUCAGGGACUAGAAAGGACCACCUACGUGUUAGAUACCAUCGACGCUGUGGCAGAGAGAGUUCGUGACCUGUGGGAAUCGCUACAGUACAAGGAGGAAAUAAACUCCAUCGCUGCUCAGAGUAAGGCCAAUGACAGCAUUCACGCGGAACGAGAGAACAGAGCCUCAGCAGCCGGUCCCAGUUCAGAACCCAGCAUGGGUGUGUGGGGCCAUCAGCUGUCUAAGAAGAAGAAAAAGUACGUGGACGAGGAGAUGACGAAGCUGGUGCCUGUUCUGGAAGGGGAGGUCAGAAAACUGGAGGACGCGGCUACCAGGGCGGUGCUGCUGGGGUUUAUCAACCAUUUCAAGAGACUGCAAGAAUUUGAGCGUGAGCUAGGGCUGGAGCGUGACGAAGUGCUGGGCGAGAUAAAAGACGGGCUGGUCACCACUGGACAGCAGGAAGCGCGCAGACCUUCAGUAACAGCGGAACAGCUCGAAGACGAAAUUGGAGAUCCGGAAUUCCACAACCGGAUAAAUGGUAGUAUCAACCGAUUCCAGCAGUGGGUGGAUUUGGAAAACCGGAUGGAGAAGGCCAAUGACAUGAUCAAGAACUUGGAAGGGGAUUUGACCAAAGGCAAACUGGACAGAGAGAAAACGAUGUCCAACCUGCGGAAGGAGCAGGAGAAGAAACGACAACAAGGCCCUUCUGGUCUUCUUCAAGAGGUCAAGACCAAAUUAGAAUCUGCGUACUUCAGGAAACUGACCGCAGAAGAGCAGUCUUCGGUGAUCUCUAGCAGCCUAGCCAUCAUAGACACUGUGCAGAAAGAAUCCGUCAAGGCUAACGCAAAGGGAGACCAGCUUGAGAGCGAGCUGGAGGACAAGAAACGCCAACUUGCGGUCCUCCGGAGUAAACUGAACAAUCAUCCUGGUUUGAUGCAAGCAAAAGCAAACGAAACAGCUGAAAAUGACAUAAAGGCGAUGCGGAAACGGCAGCUGUCCGGGUACUGCACCUCGCUGUGCAGCCUCCUGCAGCAGAUGGAGAAAGGGAGCAGUCGGGCCCGGGACGACCGGGAGAGAGACCAGCCACUCAUUAAGAAGUUGCUGCAGAACGUGAUGGGUGUGUCUGACGCCCUGGCCGACCUCUGUGGGAAACUCGAGAACGCGGGCUUCGAUGAUCUGGGCGGUCUUGACCCGGAUGUCCUUGAUGUGAGUGACCUCUGCGUGCAGGACGAGCGGGCAGUCAGUCAGCUGAAGGAGACGGUGUUUGAACUUCUGGACAUCCAGAGGAAUAUGGGAGACAAUAUUAAGGAGAUCAAACGAGCUGCCAACAACCCAGGACCGUCGUUUUUAGACAGGGGGGAGCUGAUUAAAAGUCUCGGAAAGUUCCCGAACAGAGAUGAAGCUCAGGAAGCCCAUGUGAUGUCUUGCGCGGAGCUGAUGACAGCAAGCUCUGCCGAUUUUGUCAAAUUUAUGACACAAAAGUUCCAGUCCUUAGACGCCCUUCAGCUCAUCGAUACUGCGCUCUACACUGGCAGACAGGAGGCUUUAGUCCUACGAUACAACCUGCUCCAUCAGUUCACUGCAGCAGAAAUCAAACGCUCCCCUUCCGGUAGUCGACUACACCCACUUCCGAUAGACACUCGCGCCCCUGCUCCUGAAGCAACGUUCAAGGACUCUCAGGUCGAGUCGAGAAGUGCAGCCACCGAGCGGAGGACAGACAUCACGUCAGAAGAUAGUGAAAAUAAGCUGCGGCUCCGGGGGAAACGCUCACGUGCGUUAAUGAUAGAAGUGAGCGGGAAUGGCACGUCUUUGCAGGCCCCGGAGAGUGGAGAAGGUGUUUCAGAAGAAGAAGGAGAGGAGGAGAAGGUCGCGGCCUCUGAUGCUAUGGACAUCAGUGAUGCGAGUGAUCGGCGAAAGGUAGAAGUCCCAAAGGUCUCAGAUUCAACGGAAUACCACCAUGUUGAGGAAAACAGAAGCAGUAACAAAAUAGACAAGUUGACCCCAAGUGUGGCAUCUCCCUCAGAGUCCGACAUCAUUAGUGGUUCAGGAUCUUUGAAAACUGAGGAAAUCAGGGGAACAGUAGGCGAGUAAACGUACUUGGACAGCUUUUAUAAAAAUGUUGAAUUUUUGAAGUUGUUGUUGCUGCUGAAGCUGUAUUGUUUUUAUUAGUUAGUUAGUUAGUUUGUUUGAGGGUUUUUUGAUUGUUUGUUUGUU